AGCAACCUGAAGACCGCGCCGCAAACCUCCACGGUUCCGAAAACCUCCACGGCGACCGCCAGCCUCCUCCGCCGCCGCCGCAGCCGCCCACCCCCUCUCGCCUCUCCCCGGAUGUUCUAGAACCUUCUGGGUCUAGGGUUCGGAUGGGGCCCGAGGAGGUGGAGGCCGUGCUGGAGACCAUCUGGGACCUCCACGACAAGGUCAGCGACGCCAUCCACGCCCUCUCCCGCGCCCACUUCCUGCGCGCCGUCCGCCACCGCGCCGCCGCGGGUGACAGGCCGGACGGCCUCGUCUACGUCAAGGGAGGGGGCCUCGCCGCGGUCGGCGGCGGCGACGAGGCGGCGGCGCUGGCAGCCUUGGCCGAGGAGGCCAGGAGCCUCCACGCCAUCCGCGCCGCGCUCGAGGACCUCGAGGACCAGUUCGAGUGCUUCCUCGCUGUGCAGUCGCAGCAACAAGCUGAACGAGAUUUUGCCUUAGCAAGGUUGGAGCAAAGUCGCAUCAUGCUUGCAAUCAGACUAAAAGAGCACCAUGGCAACAAUCACGAUGUCAUAGAUGAGGCAUCUGACUUUGUCCGCAAUGCCUACCAGGAUGUUUGGCCUUCUCUAUCAGUAAACAAGCCUGAGAAGUGUGCUGACAGUUCCAAUGACAUGGCAAAACGUCCAAAUUUCUUUGCGCGGAUGGUCUCUUCUAGCCUUGCUAUAGCCGGGAGCAGCUUCAGUAUAAAAAAUCUGGGUGGUGCGUUAGGGAACGGUGCAGCUUUUGCUAUUGGCAUUGUUACACUGCUGCAGCUGCGUCGGUUAGCUUCUGGGGCACAUAGUCCACCAGUUGGUAACUACCCCUACAGGAGGAUCAAUGACUCGCGGUUGGGGGCAUCUCGUGGCGGUAGUACAAUGGCUCAUCUUGAUGUGUCACUAGCCAAAGGUUAAGGGAUCCGUUGCUUGUAAAUGAUUUGCUCGGACACAUCGCCGUAGAAGGUUGUUCUCGCGUGUUGUCCUCUAGGUAAUCAUCGAAUUGUGGGUCUAGGUUCGGAUGAGUUUAGGUGAGUUGUUCUCUAUUGUUCGUUCAAUUGAUUGUAAUUGUGACCUGUAUGAAUGUACGCAGCAGUACCUUCUAUUGAUGUUGUUAUGUUUGCUCUGCUUGGAGUUGGUUGAUUGCUUAUAUAUGCGCCAAUCCGACUGUACUGGCACACCCUGCUUUUCUCAAGAGUUUAUUUUCCCU